AGACUUAGCACAAUCUCAUCCGCUCUUAGCAACCUCAUCAAAACUACUUUCUGGUCAGAGAGAAGCAAUAAUUAUUAUUAACAUUUAUUAACGAUCAAUAAACUCGAUUGCAUUAUGGCCAGCACUAUUAAGGAGGCGUUGUCCGUCGUGAGCGAGGACCAGUCACUGUUCGAGUGUGCCUACGGGACGCCGCACCUGGCCAAGGCCGAGAUGACCGCGUCCUCCUCUGGUGACUACGGCCAGGCCUCCAAGAUGAGCCCGCGCGUCCCUCAGCAGGACUGGCUGUCUCAGCCCCCAGCCAGGGUCACCAUCAAGAUGGAGUGUAACCCUAGCCAGGUGAAUGGCUCAAGGAACUCCCCUGAUGAAUGCAGCGUGACCAAAGGCGGGAAGAUGGUGGGCAGCCCUGACACCGUGGGUAUGAGCUAUGGCAGCUACAUGGAGGACAAGCACAUGCCACCCCCGAACAUGACCACAAGCGAGCGCAGAGUCAUCGUUCCAGCAGAUCCAACGCUGUGGAGCACGGACCACGUCCGGCAGUGGCUGGAAUGGGCAGUGAAGGAGUACGGCCUCCCCGACGUGGACAUCCUGUUGUUCCAGAACAUCGACGGCAAGGAGCUGUGCAAGAUGACCAAGGACGACUUCCAGAGGCUCACCCCGAGCUACAACGCCGAGAUCCUUCUCUCACACCUGCACUACCUCAGAGAGACUCCUCUUCCACACUUGACUUCAGAUGAUGUGGACAAAGCCUUACAAAAUUCUCCGCGGUUAAUGCAUGCUAGAAACACAGGGGGCGCAGCUUUUAUAUUCCCCAAUACUUCAGUCUAUCCUGAAGCCACGCAAAGAAUUACAACUAGGCCAGAUCUACCCUACGAGCCCCCCAGGAGGUCAGCCUGGACUGGUCAUGGCCACCCCACCCCCCAGACAAAAGCUGCUCAGCCAUCCCCUUCGGCAGUGCCCAAAACAGAGGACCAGCGGCCCCAGUUAGAUCCUUAUCAGAUCCUUGGACCAACAAGUAGCCGCCUUGCCAACCCAGGCAGUGGCCAGAUCCAGCUGUGGCAGUUCCUUCUGGAGCUCCUGUCGGACAGCUCCAACUCCAACUGCAUCACCUGGGAGGGCACCAACGGGGAGUUUAAGAUGACAGACCCUGAUGAGGUGGCCCGGCGCUGGGGAGAACGGAAAAGCAAACCCAAUAUGAACUAUGAUAAGCUGAGUCGUGCUCUCCGCUACUACUACGACAAGAACAUCAUGACCAAAGUGCACGGGAAGCGCUACGCCUACAAGUUUGACUUCCACGGAAUCGCCCAGGCCCUACAGCCCCACCCACCAGAAUCAUCUCUGUACAAGUACCCCUCGGACCUCCCCUACGUGGGCUCCUAUCAUCCCCACCCCCAGAAGAUGAACUUCGUGGCUCCCCACCCUCCGGCCCUCCCUGUGACGUCUUCCAGUUUUUUUGCUGCCCCAAACCCAUACUGGAAUUCACCCACCGGAGGAAUAUACCCUAACACUAGGCUCCCAGCCAGCCAUAUGCCUUCACACCUGGGCACUUACUACUAAAGACCUGGCUGUGACCUUUCCCAACUACAUCCAGUCACCAAUCCAUUGCCACAAACUCUUGGAGAACACGGAUCAGAAGUGCCUCAAGUGGAAGAAGCCAGGGAAGAGAUACAAAGACUCAUAGUGGGCUGGAGUUACUAUUUACUAUAGUGUUACUAAGGAACCCAAGAGGAUGCUAAAAAUGCCAUGUACAUGGAUGAUCUAAUCUGUGGACCCACUUGUCAAAGACGACGCAGGUAGAAGCAUGAAGUCAUCGGGGCGAAGUUCCAACGGAAAAAUUGUUGGAGACAUGUGCAAACUUUGGGGUGAAAUUCAGGAUCUUGCUGUUGCCAACUGGGGUUGAACUCAAACAAUAGAUAGAAUAUGGUUUUGACCUAACACACCUUUAUAAUGCCAUUUUAAGGAAGGCUACCUGUAUGUAAAGCUAGUAACAUAUCAAAAGUAAAACACAAAAGCAGGGAGCGAGAAAAAGAGAGAGAGACUGACUUACUGUGGCCCAUCAAAAGACCCAGAACCCAUUGGCACUUGCUCUUCUGGUUGAAACUAGAUUCAUCCCAUUGGAUGGAGAGCUGCCAGCUCUCUCAAACUGUGAAGAUGAGCCAACAUUUUCAACUCCUUUACAGUAUUAUAGGAACCAUGAGCCAAAAGGUGGGACUGAGGAUGUGUUCAGAGAGGGCGUGUGUGACUGUAGACAGAGGACUGGGGGUGGAGGAGAGAAGGAGGCAGGGAAGGAGAAGGCAGGGACUUGGGGGGAAUUCCUCCAGCAGUGGAGGCUGGACUGAGGACGUGCAGGACUGGGAGGGUGAGUUGGAGAUCUGAGGUUUAAGGUGUCAGUGUUAUACCAAAUCCAGUAUUAACCCAAAAAGGCAUGGUGUGACGGAGGGUUGGGGGAGCAGGAGAGCUCAGAACUCAAAAUAUGCAUCUCUUUCUUUCUCUGUCAGAAGAAAAUUUUAACUGGAAUUGUCUGAUAUUUAAAAAACAAAAACAAAUAUUCAGGAAGUCAUUGUGGUGUGGGGGCUUUGGCCUCCGCAGGGUCAGGUAGGAGCUGACCUGUGGGUCACCACCAUCAGAAGCCCCAUGGGCACGCUGGUAGACAGCUGGGCUUCAUUUCCCCUUUCGAGUCACGAACGCUGUGCGUUUGUCAGAAUGAAGUAUACAAGUCAAUGUUUCUUUUUCCUCCUUUUUAUAUAAUAAUUAUAUAACUUAUGCAUUUAUACACUACGAGUUGAUCUCGGCCAACCAAAGACAUAGGAAUGAAAGAGACAAUCAAUGAUUUCAUGUGGCCUUGAAUUUUAACUCUGUAUUGCUUAGUGUUUACAAUAUGAAGUUAUUCGUUCUUAGAAUGCAGAAUGUAUGUAAUAAAAUAAGCUUGGCCUAGCACGGCUCAUCAGA